CUUUGCAUUGCAGUCAUUUUUGGGUGAACUACCCCUUUAAAGACAUUAAGGCACGAUUUUUUAUAACGCUGUUAACUUAGGACAUCAAGACAUUCAGGCAUGCCCUUCUGUUUUGAAACGAGUUGUGUUGUGCUAUAAAAAAUAAAAAUGACUUGAAAAAUACAACACAAAUCGUUUAUUAUAAGCGGACUUGGCAACAUUGCUCAUGGGAUAUCAAGGCACGAAAAAGUCGUCUCCAUGAUCAACUUGUUCUUAAUUUCAUGUAAGAAAAUAUAUCACAACGCUAGAGAGGGUUUAUGCACAUAUUACAGUCUAUAAUUCGGAGAAACCUUUCGGUUUUAAAAUAUUUGUUGAUUUCGUUCACCUCCCACCCUCUCUACGGGAUCCGCGAAGGGUCAAACUCACCAGUUCGGACUCUGGACACACUGAAACUCAACAGAGAUAUUAGUUAAGCGAAUAUUUUGCAUUAGUUAAACUGUUUAUUACAGGUGCAGCCAAAUGGCAUAGACUGUACGUGUUUUCCUCCGACUGCACAAUAAGUUGUGAUUUGUGUAGUACAAGAUCUAUGGAGCACAUGGCGACAUCACUCAGUCCUUCUGCUGGGUUUGUUCUGGGCUUGGAUCUGGGCACCACAUCGGUGAAAGUCGUGCUGCUGGAUGCGCAAUCAAAGAAGGUGUCAGACAGCACGAGUUUCCCUACAAACUCUGAUAUCGGCUGCACCACCGACAAACAUGCUAAAGAGCAGGAUCCUGCUCUAAUAAUCGCCGCUCUGGACCGCUGCAUGGAUGCUUUACCUAAAAACAAGCUGCAGAAAGUCAGAUCUGUUGGAGUAUGUGGACAAAUGCAUGGCAUUGUGUUGUGGAAAUCUAAAACAGACUGUGAAUGGCAAAGUAAAGAUGAAGUUACCAGAUUCAUUCCCAAAGAUGUCAGUCAGCUGAUCACCUGGCAGGAUGGGCGCUGCAGCACUGCCUUCCUUUCUUCCCUGCCUAAAGCAGACUCGCACCUGAGUGUAGCCACUGGCUUUGGUUGCGCCACCAUCUUCUGGUUUAUGAAACACAGACUGGAGUUCCUGUCAGAUUUCAGUGUGGCAGGCACCAUACAAGACUAUGUGGUUUCCAUGUUAUGUGGCCUUGAUAAUUGUGUCAUGACUGGGCAAAAUGCUGCUAGCUGGGGCUACUUCAACACAACUACCAACCAGUGGAACACGCAAAUUCUGAAGGAUGCUGGUUUCCCUGUGCAUCUCUUGCCUGUAGUGGUGGAGUCAGGAGCUGUCGCUGGUCACACUUUUUCGGAGUGGUAUGGCAUACCUGUUCACACACCUGUUGGCGCAGCACUGGGAGACUUCCAGUGUAGUGUAUACUCCUGCAAGACUAACAAAGGAGAUGCAGUGCUGAAUAUGAGCACUUCAGCGCAGCUGACGUUCACCAUGCCUGCAGAGUUCUCCCCUCCGAGUUCUCCAGACCCCCUGUCCCCCAUUGCAUAUUUCCCAUACUUCCACGGCUCCUAUCUAGCAGUGGCGGCAUCGCUUAAUGGAGGAAAUGUAAUGGCAACCUUUGUCAGAAUGCUGGGCUCAUGGAUGAAAGAUUUCGGAUUAGAAGUGAGUGAGUCUAGAAUCUACUCGCAGUUGGUGCAGUCUGCCCUGAUUCAGCCUAACACUGACCUAAGUGUGACCCCAACACUACUAGGAGAGCGGCAUGACCCCACCACCCUCGCCAAUGUCUCCCAUAUCUCGCCCUCUAACCUCUCUCUGGGUCACAUGACCCGGGCUGUGUGCAGGGGCAUUAUUGAGAACAUGGCUGUUAUGAUGCCCCCUCAAAGCCUACAGGCUGCAGGGGUGACAAGAAUUAUUGGCAGUGGCAGUGCUCUCUCAUGUAACACAGUUCUGCAACAGGAAGUGGAGAGGGUAUUUCCUUUUCCUGUAGUCUAUGGAAAAGAAGUGGACUCAGCAGUGGGAGUUGCUAUGGUGUUUCAUGAUCAAACAUAGGAAGAUACAAAACCCAGGAUCAGCCAUAUCACAUGUUAUAGUGUGUUCAUCUCAGAGACAUUUACAAGCUGCUGUACUGCUCAACUGUAUACAUUUUGUAUUGUAUGAAAGUGAGAGUUGGUAUUGAAGUGCACUUAAUUAAAAAAUGUUUUACUUCUAAUUCUGUAUAACUGUCAAACAUUAUGAAAUGAUUAAUUUUUAUUAUAUCAAUAAAGUCUUAAUUUACCUUAUUGGUUAAUUUUGUAUCAAUCUGUUUUCCACCCAUUUAUUCACUUAUUAGUGGAUUUUUAAUUUGUCAAAUUAUUUUUUAAUUGGUCGAUUUAUGGGCCACAAACUAGCCAACCAUUUGAACGAUCACUGUUGUUUGCAAUCACUGUAAAUACUAAUGGUUAUCUCAUAUUGAAAAAAAAAUUAUAAUAGUUUACUCAACUUAAGCUUAAGUUUUUAAGAUACCGUCGCUCUUAAAAACAAGUGGUUCUAAUUAAACAGUAAUUGAAAUGUUAUAUUUUGGAAUCAUAACUCAAAUAUAUACAUUCUUUAAACUUUGGCUCCAAGUACAGCAAACUCAAAAUUAUCAAGUUGUGAUCAAAAUUGUGGCCUUGUGGAAUACCCAUAAGCCCUUGCACUUGAAUGAAUUAUGUAUGUUUGGUCAAAUCAAGGGAACUCAUGUAGAAAUAUAUUAAUUUUUAUUUAAUAUAGUUUUCAUUCUUAUGACAUUGUUGUUGAUGUUUUGUAUUUGUUUGUUUCUUUGUAGAUGGUUGAUAGUUGUGAUUUGUGUGAAGUCACCAUGAAGGUGAUCAGUGUUACCUCUGGUGAACUUGGAGCAUGUUAAAUUUAAGCCAUUCUUCUUUACUCAAUUGUACUUUAAAAACGUGCAGAUUUAUGUGCACUAAGAAGUACUGAGGAGAAUCUAAUGUGCCAUAUGUGUAACCUAGAUUCCAGUCAUAAUAUCCCUUAUACCGUAUAAGACGUUCAGUUUACUUGAGCCAAAUAAGUACGUGUACUUAAAAAAAGCAUCAAUCUAAGUAAGGUCAACUAAUUAGAUUUGACAGUGAUUAAAGAAUUCUAUUAAAUUGAGCUUUGACAUAUCAAAAUAUUUUGUUUACAAUAUUCUGUGGCAUUUCAAAUUGUAAUAAACAACUAGACUUUGAUGCAUCAUAUUUCCAUGUACUGCAUCUUGCUCUUGUUGUAACAGACUUCUCUGCCUCAGCCUCAGCUGUUCAGGUCUUUUAGACUCAUGAAAUUUCAUAAUGAGGGAAACAACAAAAAAGAGGUGCAGGCCAGCUUCACAUCAAAGGGGCAAAUCCUUUACCAAAUCUGCCCACAAACACGUUUACAUGAAAAGUCAAAACAUUCAUUUCACGUAUGCAUCUAAACCACCAUGUGCAUAUGUAUUUCUGUCCUACCAUUUUACUCUGCCACAGUAAUCCGGUUUCAUUCAGGAAACCAUUUUGUAAGCUAUGCAGAAUUGCUUAGAACCAUCUUGACUAGUGCAGAUCGAGUGUUGGGUGUGUCAAAUGAUCCUCUUAACAAAAUCCAUGCAAGAUGCUCAGUGAGACAGAGAGAGAGCUAUCACUCUCAUCAACAUUGUGUUCAAGGCAACAUACUUCUAUCAUGCUCCUUAAUGUAUACAACACAAAGGAGCACCAAUAAAACUGGAUGCAUCAUCUAACAGAAACUAGAAAGCAGAAAUUAAU